AUGGAGCCGUACUCCACAUUCACUGUCGGUCUCGCCUUGUUCGCAUCCGUCGGGCUCUUCUACCUCAUCAGCUUUGCUCAAGAUACCCCCACAGCCCAAAAUAGCAAAGCACGCAAACCCCCAAUCCUUCCGUUCUCGGUACCUCUUGUUGGGCAUUUGUUCCAGUUCCUAUGGAAUACUCAAAAGCUCUUGAGCAAAACUUCAAUCCACUAUGGACCGGAUACACCUGUUCAGAUAAAGCUUCUGAAUCGUCGAAUAACCAUGUUAAAUGGCGCUGAAAACAUCACCGCGCUGUUCAAAAGCUCUCGCAGCGUAAACAGUGAACGUUGGCUCAUUCAAGUCCUGGUCAACGCUUUUGGCGUUCGUAAGGUGGACGUGCCUUUCUAUGUUGCUGAUAAUACAGGAAUCGCCCAGCAGCCGGCGGCUAACAGCCAUAACAUUCCGUACGAGCACCGGAUCUUUCAUCUUGUUUACCAAACUGUACAUGAUGGACUUAGCGGAGAGAGAUUGGACGAGAUGCAGCGCCAACUCGUGCUCAACCUAUCAACCCAGAUUGCGAAUGCGGAAAUCGGCGGGACAUGGACCCAUGUCGAUAAUCUCUACGAGGAUCUAAUCAGAAGCUUCUGCUUCAAAGCUUCCACGACUUCUCUUUGUGGACCGCGAAUCUUUGAGGCUGCCCCAGAUCUAGAGUCGGACUUUUGGAGUUUCGACAGUCACUUACCCAAUCUCUUCAAAGAAAUGCCGCAGUGGUUGGUUCCGGCGUCCUUCAAAGCUAGAGACAAGAUGAAAGAGAACAUUAGGAAAUGGCAUGAGCUCGCUCAUGAAGCCUACGACAUCACCCAGAGCGAAGAAGAUACACGGACUUGGGAAGAGAACUUUGGGUCAAAGCUCAUGAGAAGCCGACAAGCGUUCUUUAGGAAAAUGCCUCUGAGCAAGGAUACUAUUGCGGCUGAUGACUUGGGUUUACUUUGGGCUGCCACUGCAAAUGCAGUCCCCGCCAUAGGCUGGAUGAUUUUGGAAACCGUUCAACGCCCUGGACUUCUUGAGCUGGUCCGAGCCGAAAUCGCCCCUUUCAUCAGCUUCGCGUCAAACACAACUACACCGGAUAUUGAUAUUGAUGAACUCUGUCAGCAACCUUUGGUUCAAUCUAUCUACGCCGAGGUUCUGCGCGUUCACAAUGGCACGGUACUCGCUCGAGUUCCUCAGGUCUCGGAUUAUUCCAUUGGAGGUUGGUCGUUUCCAAAGGAUCAGCACAUCAUGAUCUCGACGUAUGACACGGCUCGUAAGCUAUCUGUCUGGAAUCAAGGCACGUCUGACGAUCCUCAUCCUGUGAAUGAGUUUUGGCCAGAAAGAUUCAUUGUUGACCCCAAUAACCCUGCAAGCGGACCUGCCGUCCAUCAGGAAUCCAAGCAGCAAGGCACUGGUGAGAAGUACUUCACACUUGAUGGUACAGUUGGAUCCUGGAUUCCCUAUGGUGGGGGAUCUCGAAUGUGCCCAGGUCGUCACUUUGCCAAGAAGGAACUGAUCGUCAGCAUGGCUAUGUUCCUAACGAGCUUUGACAUUGAGCUUGAAGCUCUGGAUGGAUGGAUUCAGGACGAUCCUAAAUACUUCAUGUUUGGCGUCAUGCACCCACAAGGGCCUAUUCGUGCUAGGGUGAGGAGAAGGAUCUUUGAUGCUUGA